GCCGGCAUGUUCGAGGCUGGCGACUCCCUGUUUUGGAAGAUGAGGCAGCAUACAAAGCUCAUGAACGUUGCCGAAGAGAUGGGCGUCAACCCGGCCAGGGAGCCCCCGAAGGCAAAGCCGGCCCUUUGGCGAAUUCCGGGCUCGGUCGACCCAAAGGCCUACGAUCCGCCGAACCUGACUGCGUCUUUCGAAAGGAAGGCCAGGAGGAAGAG